GAUAAAGGUCAAGAUAUGGAGGUUGCUGCUGGGGCCAUGGGCCCUGUCAUAUCUAAGCUCGGUGAGCUCCUUGUUGGAGAAUACAACCUGGAGAAGCGAGUAAAGAAAGGCGUCCAAUCGCUCCUUACAGAGCUGGAGAUGAUGCACGCUGUACUUCGCAAGGUUGGUGAGGUGCAGUCAGACCAGCUCGACGAGCCGGUCCGGAUUUGGGCUGGCAAGGUGAGAGACCUCUCUUGCGACAUGGAAGACGCUGUUGACGACUUCUUGGUGCGUGUGGAUGAGGGUUCAAGCAGCAAGCCAACGAACAUGAGGAAUCGAGUCAAGAAGUUUCUCAAGAAGACCACCAAAUUUUUUGUUAAGGGCAAAGCACUUCAUCAAAUAUGUGAUGCCAUUGAAGAAGCUCAGGAUCUUGCCAAGGAGUUGGCGGACCUACGUAAAAGGUACGAGCUUGACAUGUGUUGCACUACCAAUGGUGCUACCAUCGACCCUCGUGUGUUAGCUCUACACAAAUAUGUAGAGGAGCUUGUUGGGGUUGACCGCGCAAGGAAAGAGCUUAUCAAAACACUGAUUUGUGAGGACGGGAGUCCCAAGGAGCAAUUGAAGACGAUCUCUAUUGUUGGUGUUGGUGGGCUAGGCAAGACAACGCUCACCAAAGCAGUCUAUGAGAAGAUCAAAACCCAAUUUGAUUGUGUGGCUUUUGUCCCCAUGGGUCAGAACCCAGAUAUCAAGAAAGUUUUCAAGGACUUACUCUAUGGCCUUGACAAUGAAAAGUUUAGUGACAUUCAUAAUACAACACGGGAUGAAAAUCUACUCAUCAAGCAAAUCAGUGAUUACCUUGUGCAUAAGAGGUACCUCAUCGUAAUCGAUGAUAUAUGGGAAGAACAAAUAUGGAGAUGUAUAAAUUGUGCUUUGUAUAAAAACAAACUUCAUAGUCGGGUAAUCACAACAACCCGCAAUAUGAGUGUGUCUGAAGCAUGUCUCUCUUCCAGUGAUGACAUGAUUCACAAAAUGAAACCUCUUUCCGAUGAAGAGUCGCAGAUACUCUUCCAUAGAAGAAUAUUUCAAAGCGAGGAGAAAUGUCCAGAAGAUUUGCAAGCAGUAUCAAGAGAGAUACUGAAGAAAUGUGGUGGAGUACCAUUAGCCAUCAUUACAAUAGCUAGCCUUCUAGUCAAUAACCAAAGGAUAAAGCAGAAAGAAGAAUGGAUGCAUGUGCACAGUUCGAUGGGCCGUGGAGUUACAGAAGGUGGUAUUGUGAAGGACAUGAAGAGGAUAUUAUCACUCAGCUAUUAUGAUUUGCCUUCGCAUCUGAAGGCUUGUUUGUUAUACCUAAACAUCUUUCCUGAAGACUUUGAGAUUAACAGAGAUUGGCUGAUAUGGAGGUGGCUUGCUGAAGGGUUUAUCCAAUGUGACAAAGAUGAAACCAGGCUGUUUGAGAUCGGAAAGAGCUACUUCAACGAGCUUAUGAACAGGAGCUUGAUCCAGCCAGCGAAAACCAAUUAUGAAGGAACAGUAGUAACUUGUCGUAUACAUGAUAUGGUGCUUGACCUUAUAUGCUCGCUGUCAAGUGAGGAGAAUUUUAUCUCCAUAUUGGAUAAUGCGGAGUGGAAUGCACCUAAUCCGCAAAGAAAAUUUCGCAGGUUAUCACUUCAUAAUAUCAAGGCAAAGGUUCAGAACCAUCAGUUUGAUAGCACUAGCCUGUCAAAAGUUAGGACCUUUGCUGUUUUCUCUCCUGUUACCUGUGAUUGGUUGUCAUCUCCCUCAAGCUUCCAAUUUUUACGUGUUCUGGAUCUUGGAAAUUGUGGCAGCCGUGAAAGUAGCUCUGGUAUCAGUCUCAAGUAUGCAGGGAAUUUAAUUCACCUAAGGUAUCUAGGGCUCAGGAAUGCAGAUGAGAAGACGACCAGCCGCCGCCGCCGCCCCAGGCACACACCGCCACCGCGCCGUCGCUGCAGACGAACCGCCGUGGCGCUCGGCGUCAGCACCACGCCCCGGCCCGGGGUGUUAACCCGCGCCAACCCCACCGCGCGGGAGGACGAGGAUGCCCCGCCGCCGCCGACGCCGGCCGGGCCCCCUGGCGGGGGCGAGGGAGGAGGGGAGGGGAGACCGGCGGCACGAUCUAGGGUUCCCUCCCUGUUGCCAUGCGGGGUCGACGCGGGAGGGAGGAGGACUCGGAAAGCUUUCCAUUUUAGGAAGUUACAGCUUUUGCAGACACUAGAUAUACGAGGGAGUAGCAUAAUAGAAUUACCUAAAAGUAUUGUUCAACUAAGAAAAUUGAUAUGUCUAUAUGUUGAUACUGGCUUGAGGCUGCCAGAAGGAAUGGGGAACUUGACGUCCCUCGAAGUGCUGCAGGAAGUAAACCUAACUUCAUCUCCUCAUAUUGUGAAAGAGCUGAGCCAUUUGACAGAGAUUAGGAGGAUCGAACUUCACUGUGAUAGUAAGGCCGUGGAUCUGAUCAAUAUGGAUAUAUUAACUGAGUCCCUAGGCAACUUGCAAAAAUUGCAAAUUCUGUGUAUUGAUUUUGGUGGCGUAUUGUCGGAGUGCAUACGUGAAAGCUGGGUGCCCCCUCCACACCUCCAUACUUUUCAUUCAUGGGGCACCCACCUAGGGUCGGUCUUGAGACUUCCAAAGUGGAUUAACUCAACGUCGCUUCCCCACAUCUCCAGCCUGGCCAUAUUUGUGGAAGAACUGCAAGGGGACGACAUUCAGAUAAUUGGGAGGCUGCCUGCUCUUCGGCAUCUGGGCCUGCGUGCACGUCGCGUGGUCGGAACGUUGGUUGUGAGGGCUGAUGCAUUCCCAUUCACGAGAUGCUGCUUAUUCUCUUUUAACCACUGA